AUGGCAGCAACCGCACAAGGACAUCAAGUCCACCCAGACGGUCGGACAUGGAAAAGUCAUUUUCCCAAAGGUGAUCUCUGGGUAUUCGGUUACGGGAGCUUAAUCUGGAAGCCGCCACCACAUUUUGACCAACGUGUUCCUGGGUAUAUCAGUGGCUAUGUACGGCGGUUUUGGCAGGCUAGUACCGACCACCGCGGCACCCCAGAGACACCAGGUCGAGUAGUCACUGUGAUCGAAAGAACGUUCUGGGAGACAUUAGACGACCCGCUCGCACGCCAGGAGUCUGAAUCAGCAUCUACAGGUAAAGUCUGGGGUGCAGCAUACCACAUCCCAGCUUCACACGCCGAGGAAGUCCACGACUACCUAGACGAUCGGGAGAUUGACGGCUACAGUGCGCACUACACGCCGUUCCACCCAACCAUCGACGUCGAAGGCGCGACCAGCUCAUCGCCGAUUAUCUGUAUGGUCUACAUUGGCCAGCCGUCUAAUCCGCAAUUCCUGCGCGAGGCUGCUCGGCGGGAGCCGCAGGAUGUGGCGCAGGUUAUUAGUGCUGGUCAUGGUCUUAGUGGGAAGAAUACUGAGUAUUUGUAUCUACUGGAGAAGGCGCUUGAGGGGCUUGGGCUGGGUACUGCUGAUGUUCAUGUCACGGAUUUGGUGCGGCGGGUUAAGGCGAUUGAGGCUGAGGGGCUGGGUGAGGCUGAGGAGAAGGCGGCUGAGCUUGAGGUUACCAAGUCGCUGGAGGGGGCGGCUGAGGCGCCUGCUGAGGCGGAUGGUCGGUCGACAAUUGAAUGA